AUGUUCCAUAUCAUUGGCAGCAAAAUCUUCUUCCAGGUAAUAGAGUAUGUCACUGCAUACAAAUCCAUUCUUACUUCAAUCAAAAAAGAAUAUGAUGCCUUUAUCGAGACCAUAAAGAAAGGCCGAAGCACCGCAUUGUAUGUUCAUGGAAGACUUAAAGUCAUGGCGGCAGAGCCCACAACCUUGGUCUAUCACAGGAAAAGAAUAACUCAACUUGAAGCAAAAAUAAGGGUUAUUGAAAAUAAUUCCUCAAGGAUCCAAAUGCAGAUCGAGACCAUGAAACAGCUUAGAGCAGAGUAUGAAAAGAAAGACAGAGACGAUUGUUCUUUCUCCAAAGGUCCUUCGAAUCCCAUUCCAGGCCUGACUGUCAAAGAAUCUGUCAAUCUGGACACCCUCACUAAACACCUAAAAAAACUUGAAGAUAAAUAUACAGAAAUUAAAAAAGCAAUGUUGAUGAAAUACAUACCAGCUCAGAAGAAGGCUGAUUUGGAUGAGGAAAUGAUUGUGUUAUUACAACGGAGAGAUGUAGCUGAAAGUCAGAACAAGGAGUUACUGUUUCAUCACCAAAGGAUUCAGAUUGCUUCACAGGCACUCGCUUACUGGGUUCACUCGGACAGGAGCAGCUCUUUCCAGGACUUCCUGGAGCAGAUUCAGAAGACCAGAGUUCUAUUUGGUGACCAGGUCUUUGCUGAGGAGUUCCUUGAGGAGGACCCAGGCCAGGCCAAAGAGGCCGAAAUCUUGCUCGACUACAUUGAGAGGUUCAAUGAAUUAAUGGCACUUGGAAAAUAUGGAAAAGCAGCUUAUUUUGCAGCAAACAGUCCUAGAAGAAUUCUUCGAAACAUUAGUACAAUGGCUAAAUUUAAAGCUGUUGGAAGAAUUAAAGGACAGCCUCUCCCACUACUAUUGUUUUUCGAGGCGCUCUUUAAUACAAGCCAAGCGUAUAAACGUCCUGUGGAUGCACUUCUAACCCUGGAGGGCAUCAAGUGUGGAUUAUCGGAAAAACGGUUAGAUUUGGUUAUACACUGGGUCACCCAGGAAAGGCUGCUACUUACCGAGGAAGUCGGGGAUGUGAUUUUUGAUUAUGGGGAGCAGGAUCCAUACAACAAGACCAAAUGUGUGGCUUUAGCGCAAACGAUCUACAACGGAUGUGGCCUGUACCAGAAAAAUCUUCUCUGCCUGUGUAAACUCGGUCAGAUUCACGAGGCCAUGGAGUACAUACAUCAGUCCAAGGAGCUUACCACCAGUGACCUGUUGCAGCUCAUUCGUUUAUGUCCUCAAAUUGAUGUCAUUCUAAGUCUCACGAAAGAAUGGAAUGGGAAGCCACCAUAUCUAUCUCUGGACCUUGCUAUACUUCAUCUGUUCGCUGUAGAUAUGAAAAAAAUUGGUAUCAAGUUACUUCAAGAACUAAAUAGAGGUGGGAAAGAUGCAGUGGAACAUCUUGUGCUAAGCAACCCGCUGGGCUCCCUGGAAAGAUGGCAAGAAUUGGCAGGUCUAUGUUCUCAGCACGGCUUCGGCAAGCUGUCAGAUGACAUCAUGUCCAUUCUUCGGGCUCAGGCUGGAGUCACGGAAAUUUCUGCCGAGGACGAUACAGUCAACUUAAUGGAACACGUCUUGUGGUAGUUCCCGGCUGUGGCCGGUGGGGGGAGCUUGCACAACAUUUCAGUCUGUUGCUUCUGCAACUGUUCUUGGCAAAACUAAUUGGUAAAUAAAUGGAGCUUGAAGCUUUCAGGAA